UCUGUCUGACUGUCUGAUAACAUAAAUGUUUUGACUGCUUCUUAGAGUUUUCAGACCAUGCCAUUCCAGCAGUGUUCUGACUAUAAUUACCAGUGUUACUGACCUCAGCUUGGAGAACAAUUUAGCAUUUUGGGUUUUUACUUUUCAGAAUGAAUAAAAAAUCUUCCCAAACUUCUGUCCUGUAAUCUCGAGACUGGCCUGUACAUGGUGGCCUGUUAUCUUGGCGGCUCUCAGAAAUUCUGCUGAUCCUGCCACCAGAACCAAGGCUGCCUGGUCAGAUAUGCAAAUGCUCUCACAGCACAGCAGUCUCAGUAAUUAGGGUUUUGACCGUGAUAGAUGAAUGGCUCUCGCUCUGUCCCAGGAUCUUGGUCCUGGGUUCUGGGCCCAGGGCACCCCGAGCAUGUUCAGUUGGUUCGGUGUUGUGACCUGUUGGGUCUUGGUUUUCUAACCAUGGUGAUGUGUCACUGUUUCUGCCUUCUUCUGAGAGACAACAGAGGGAGCCUAUUGGGGAGUGAUGGUGGCUCCACCUUCGCUAAUCUUAUUGGCCAAAACUAUAUGCCUCAGGUGCUGACCUGUCCCUCCCUCUACUUGGACCCAGCCCAGCUACUUACUGAUGUAAAUGAGAACUGACUUAACCAGGGUGCUGCUGGACAGCUAAUCGGCACUAAUCUCGGCCAGUGGGUUAGGGGAUUAUAAGCUACGUUUGUGCGUUAGAUGGUGUUUCCAUGUCUCUAGGUCUCGCUCCAUGUCCUUGUGGGUACUGGUAACCCUGUUCAGCUUGCAUAGCUCUUUCUCGCGCUCCUCAAAACUACCAGAGUUUUCUUGAGGCCUGGUGCCUAAGUCUGUCGGAGGAGUAGUUGUCAUCGUCUUAGUUUGGGGUUGAGCGGGAUCAGGUGUGGCCUCGUUCCGGUGACUUGCGGACCGCAGUCCCCUGCUUAGCCGAGAAGGCGGAUUUGGUGGAACCCUCCCGGUCGUCCGCGUCCUUGUCCUCCUCCAUCUUGGGGACCCACCGGCCUCCCGUUGCCGUCGCCCUGCUCUCCUGGGAUGCGGAUGACUGUCCGACCGGAACGACGCUGACCCAUCCCGCCAGGGCUGCCUCCGUUUUCUGUUUGUGAGAGGAGACCACACAGGACAGGAGGAAAAUGUUGAACCAGGGCAGUGUGAUGAUCUUCACCGGUGUCUGCGGAGCUGUGGUCUUCAUGGCUGUGGUCUACUACGUCUACUGGACGGUGAUAUUGAGUGACGGGCCGUGUCAGCGGGGGCUGUAAAUAGAAUAACACGCUGGUGUGUGAGUGCGAGGGGGUUGCUCCGCUCCUAUCAUGGAUCUGGUGGCGUACCUGAAGACCCAGUUCAUCCUGCAGCUGCUCAUCGGCUUUGUGUUCGUGGUGAGCGGCCUCAUCAUCAACCUCCUCCAGCUGUGCAGCUGCGUCAUCUGGCCCUUUAACAGGCAGCUGUACCGCAGGAUCAACUGCAGGCUGGCCUACUCGCUCUGGAGCCAGCUGGUGAUGCUGUUGGAGUGGUGGUCGGGUACGGAAUGCACUCUCUACACUGACCAGGCCACGGUGGACAAGUUCGGCAAGGAGCACGUCAUCAUCAUCCUCAACCACAACUACGAGAUCGACUUCCUCUGCGGGUGGACCAUUUGUGAACGCUACGGCGUGCUGGGGAGUUCCAAGGUCCUGGCAAAGCACGAGUUACUAAAGGUUCCUCUGAUUGGCUGGACCUGGUACUUCCUGGAAAUUGUCUUCUGUAGGAGGAAGUGGGAGGUGGACAGAGAGACAGUCUUCAGAAGCCUGGAGAGACUUAGAGAUUACCCAGAGUGCAUGUGGUUCCUGCUCUACUGUGAAGGCACACGAUUCACAGAGAAGAAGCACCAGAUCAGCAUGCAGGUAGCAGAGAGCAAAGGCCUCCCCAAACUCAAAUACCACCUACUGCCUCGAACCAAGGGCUUCACCACCACCCUGCAAUGCCUGAAGGGAACGGUGAAUGCUGUGUAUGACGUCACGCUGAACUUCAAAGGCGAGAAGAACCCCACACUGCUGGGAAUCAUCAGCGGUCAGAAGUACAUGGCAGACAUGCGCAUCAGGAGAUUUCCUGUGGAAGAGAUCCCGAAUGAAGAGGCAGAGUGUGCAGUUUGGCUCCACAAACUCUACCAGGAAAAGGAUGCUCUCCAGGAGCACUAUAAGAAGGAGGGCUGUUUUCCUGGUCCCACCAUCUCUCCUCCCCGCCGGCCGUGGGCUCUGCUCAACUUCCUGUUCUGGGCCACCCUCCUGCUCUCCCCCCUCGUCAGCUUCGCCUGGGAUGUCGUCAUCAGCGGCUCCCCCCUCCUCAUCAUCGGCUUCAUCCUCUUUCUGGUCGUAGCCACUGUUGCGAUGCGCCGGCUGAUUGGCGUCACUCAAGUCAACAAAACAGGCUCCAGCUACGGCGACCAGAAGGCCAAGAAGCAGGACUAGACGUGUCUCUGUGCUACGGUCACUCUGUGGUCGCUGUGCGGUCAUCGUGUGGUCAUGGGCCCUUUAAAAAAAAAUUAAAAAUACAAAUAAAAGAUUUUCUGAUAGGGCAAGGAAAGCACAUUCGUGUGGGGGAAAAUAUCGGUUAUGCUUAAGAAGAGAUGAUGGUGACUGUGAUGAAGAUGAAGACAUUGGUGACAGAAAAAGACAAAAAGAAAAGAAACAAAAGGGACUGUGUGAAUGUGUGACAGCAGAGCAGGUGGAGGAGUCUUUAAUGGAUGCCUGACCACUGAUGGGGAGGAAGAAUGGGGAGUGGCCAAGCCCUGAGCUCCCAAGCCCCGAGACUUUGGGGUCCUUCCUGGGCUAAGACGCACAGCUUACCCACUUAUUUCAGCGGCACCCAUUUUGCAUUUCAGUCCUCUACUCUCUGCCCCAGCCUGCCCGCUUCCCUGUCCUGCACAUCAGCCACCCAAUGAUGAGCUGCUCCGCCCCCUUGCUCCUCCCUUCAUCAGCCACCCAAUGAUGAGCUGCUCCGCCCCCUUACUCCUCCCUUCAUCAGCCACCCAAUGAUGAGCUGCUCCGCCCCCUUACUCCUCCCUUCAUCAGCCACCCAAUGAUGAUCUGCUCCGCCCCCUUGCUCCUCCCUUCAUCAGCCACCCAAUGAUGAGCUGCUCCGCCCCCUUGCUCCUCCCUUCAUCAGCCACCCAAUGAUGAGCUGCUCUGCCCCCUUACUCCUCCCUUCAUCAGCCACCCAAUGAUGAUCUGCUCUGCCCCCUUACUCCUCCCUUCAUCAGCCACCCAAUGAUUAGCAGCUCCGCCCCCUUACUCCUCCCUUCAUCAGCCACCCAAUGAUGAUCUACUCCGCCCCCUUACUCCUCCCUUCAUCAGCCACCCAAUGAUGAUCUGCUCCGCCCCCUUACUCCUCCCUUCAUCAGCCACCCAAUGAUGAGCUGCUCCGCCCCCUUACUCCCCUCCCUUCAUCACCCACCCAACCCCGUCCCACUGCUCUUAGAUAGGCUUUUUUAAAACCUCUUGGGUGAUUUUGGGGUUGGGUAGGAGUGGAGGUUUUGUACAGAACACUCAGCGAAACCAAUAUUAGGGCCUAUUUUGGUUUCGUUUAGUGUUUUCAACCAUUCAGAACAAAGACAGUAAAUCUCAAUCAAGACCUAGCACUAGUUGGUCAUUCCUUGCAUCCUCCCUUUUUUAAUUCCAGGAGGUUCAGCAAGUAUCAGGAGUUUUCCCGCACUUCCUAAUGUCCAUUGAAACUGUACCAUACAGAAUAUGCAUCAAAUCCGAAAAGCUUCAACUUCAACGAAAGGGAGACCGAACUUUGAAUGUGAAGAACGCAGUACUGAGUAUCAGAUGGGUCUUUGAUAUAAUCCGUGUCAUGACCCGCUAAAUAUUCAUGAGCUGACAGGCCUGAUAUGUAUUGUGAUUAGAGCUACGGCCAAAACAAGUCUUGAGUUGUGGUCUCCCUGCUCAUGAAUAUUCAAAUCUCGUCAACAAGAGCAGGGACCUGAGCUUCAUCCAAGUUCUGCAAUGUCGGUCUUGGCUAGUGGUCCUACCAUCUGUCAGUGAUCCCACAUAGCUCAGACGGACAUUUCACUUCCUUGUUCCCUGUCUUUUGUUUUUUUUAAUUUGGGUUAUCACCCUGGGGCUGGGGAGGACGUGAGUGUCAUUGACUUGAGUUCUGAGUUCCAAAUAUUUCUGGAACGUACCAUGGCCCUGCCACAUACCCCCAAUUGCCCCCAGUCUUUGUCUCACCCAUCACCAGAGAGAUGAAGGGGAAAGAGGACACGCGUGUACACAUACAUGCACUCGCUCGUUCACACGCUCUCGCUGAUAAUCACUAACAUACUCACACGAGCACCCACACAUAACAUUGUUAUUGUUAUUAUUAUCAUUACAUAACAUUGUAGAGCACACGCAAAAGAUGUAAGCGCAAACAUCUCUAUGCCAUCACUCUGUCCAGUCUAAUUAAAUUGUGCACUGCUUUCUGGGAGCGUGUUAAUAGAAGAAUAUUGCACUUGAUUUGAACGAACAGGGUAUAUGGUCUCCCGUCACACAAGUUUGCUUGGGGGCUACAAGGCGGAGCCCCCAAGCACCUCUCACCCAAAUCCUUUAACAGUUCCCUCUCUGUUAAAUCCUUUAACGGAUAGUUAUGACCAAGCAUGGAAUGAGUAUGUCUGGCAACCAGCAGUCCCGUGCAGUUUAGUACAGUGUUGUUAGAUUUGGUUGGAGAAGAAAUACCAAUUACUGGCAGCUUUUAAUGGCGGGAGGUCCCAGUUUUACAGCUGCGUUUUAAUGUUUCAUUUUUUUUUUCUUUUGCUUUGUUGCUUUUGGUUUAUCAUUCAAUGCCCAUUCGUUCAUUUGCUCAGUCAUUCAUUAAUGUGCACAGUCAGUUCUCCCGUUAGGUGGGUUCGAGUGUUUGCUUUAGCUUAGCAGCAUGUACACCGCACGCAACAGUGUGACGAUACGCAAUACUCUUCUUCUGUGGUUACCGGAGGCUCAUCAUGUGACAUCAGCCAGGCUGCUGAGUGGUCCAGCACAGAGGGUGCGGCCUCGGCCCCGUAGCACAGCUGUCCCACACCUGCUUUCCUGCUCUGCUUCAGCCUGUAGUUCAUUAUUAGGAUUAUUGUUACUAGUAAUAUUGUAGCUCUUUACUUAAUCUGGUUUGUCAAGGCCGUCAGAUGCACAUGACAUGCAUGUGGGGACGGCAGCAGCUGUGGCUAAUGUUUUCAUUUCACUUACAAAGAAAAAAAAGACACAAAGAUUCAAAGUACUGUAGCCUGUGUACUGCUGUAGCACUCCUGAAGGGAGAGGUUUGUGUGAAAUUCCUGGACACUGCCGGACUCAAGGGGUGAAGAGAUGUAACCUACUGCCCUGGUGGGGGCGUAUUGCAUAUCCGUGUUCAUUUCCGCCUUUUGUGUUCAGUUGUAACAUACACAGGGCUGUUGUUUCACCCAGGCCACGAGUGCAUUUUCAUGUUCGAGCUGUGAUUAAAUAAGCGGGGGAGGAGUUUGCAUAAGUCACAUCCAUUAUUAAGCCUCUUCCAUUAAGACAGCCUCCUCACUCAUUUCCCCUCAUUAUUAUUAAUACAGUCCCAAUCAUUCCAAGGUCCAAAACCCACUUCAGACAUGCAGUGUGCUGUGAAAGCACGGAGCAGAAUUUUGGCUUGCAAUUCCUCUCCAACAACAGUCCAAUUGGCCACUCAGGCAGCUCCCUCCGGGGUUGCACUCGAACGGCGAAAUGCAACACACCACUGGUGGGAGGUGGAGUGCAGACCUGGACUUCAUCUCCCAUCAUGUUUUCACUGCACCCUGGUAUCUGUGUGGUCAUUAGAUGUAGAUUGCAGGAGAUUAGGCCAGAGUAGAAGCAUAAGGAAAAGUCUUUUCAUUGCAGUAAUCUUCCUUACACUGGAGGGUCUUUUGAGAGCUGACUUUAGCAAUGUAGUUUUUUUUCUGUUUUGUUUUUUUUUUUCUUUUUUGUUAAUAUAUUUUCUUUUGGAAUAUCAAUAAAAAUGAUGGCUUCAUAAAAACUCAAUACUUUAUGAAUUGACCUUUCUGUUUUUUUGUUAACAUUUUUUCUCAAAAGUCUAUUUUUUUUCUUCAAAAGUGUUUUAAAAAAAUGUAUUAAAUUACAAUGGAUUUGUAAUUUGUUCAUCAAUAAAAUAUCCCUGUUUUGCAGCUUA